AUGGCUGGGAAAUUUAGCAAAAUUCUCCUCCUGCUAGUAGUGUCAUUCGCCAUGGUUUCCCCACACCAAGCGACGAAGCUUGGGUGCAGAGACGCCGAGAAGGUGCGCAUCCUUCACGAUUGCAGAGACUUCAUCAGGCCCGGAGGUGCGCUUCUGAUCCCAGGCCGAAACGGCAACUGUUGCUGGGCCGUGCGAGCGGUGCCGGGCAUGGACAUGCCUUGCAUCCUCACUCUCCUCACGCCUGUCGAGAAGAAGGAAAAUAGUCAAGGCAAGAUCCUCGGCCUUGGAAAUGCGUGUACGUAA